AUCAUCUCCAAGUGUGUCUGAUCCCAAAAAUUCAACCUUCAUGUCUCCUGGAGUAACUGUUAUUCCUGAGAGUGAAGAUGAAAGCUCUAUUACACCAGGCUCUGGACCAGAUUUGCAAAGAAAACAAUUCCAUUACGAUAGUAAUACUGAUUUAGAAGAAGAACCUCCUGUCAGCCAAUCAACAAAAUCUGUUCCAAGUAUAGCAUCAUUUGCAAGUGAAGAAUCGGAAAUUAAGAAUUCAGCACGUUGCUUAAAAGGCAAAUCUACUAUAAACAAAAGCAUUAAAAAAUCAUUAGAGCAGCACAACUCCAAAGAAAGCCUAGAUGAAGUAGUUGAAGUUGAAGAAAGUGAAACCAGUGACACAGAUAUAGAUGACAAAGUCCUUAGUGAGCAAAAUUCAAACAUCAGUGUUUCAGAAGCCAAAGAAACUAAAAGUGUAAAGGCAAUGGAUCAUAGUUCAAGUGUGAUCUCCUUUGAUAUGAAUACAAAGGAAGAUAAUUGCAGUAGAAGUAUAUGUGUUAGUUUAGGGGUUGAAAAAAAAUCUCGGUUUAAGCCUUCUGCAGUAGAUUACAAGAGUAGUCCUGCUGUGGCUGAGAAUGAAGAGGGAAAUGAAAAGCCAAAUCUUAUAAAUCAAACUGAAGUCUGUGAAGAUGAAAAUCAGCUGCUUUCAAAUCAACAUUUAGAGCUAUCUCCCCCUUGUCUUUCUAACUCUACAGCUCAAGCUAAGGUUGUGUCAAAUGCUACAAAUAAAAAAAACACAAACUCUGAGAGCAAACCUACCGCUGACCUUGUACCACUAAAUACCUUCACUCUUGAGAAUGAUACAGAAGAAGAAUGUGAAGGUGAUGAUUCCGCAAGGGGAAUUUAUGAUGCUAAAAUAAAAGCAACACUCCAAGAUGAUGUUUAUGAUCAGCAGCCAGCUACAUCAGCUGUAGACCAAAGAAGUCAAGUUGCAUCCCACUUCGAGAACAGCAUAGAUAUUGAAGGCCAAUCAGCAUUUCUUGUGCAAAGACCUUGCAAUUUUAAAUCAUCAGAAAUGGCACCUCAAACUAACAAACAAGAGGUGCCACUAGGUAAUUCUGCCUCCAAAGAACUGCAGACAUUUCAGUUAGAUAGUGAUACUGAUUGUGAAGACCAAGUGGAGAAUACCACUCAACAAGCUUUGUGUACUGAAGCUUUGUCCUCCAAGGAACUUAGCCAUGAGCAACAAGUUCUCACAUCCUUACCUUCUCCAAUACAAAAUACAAAUUUUAAUGUUCACAGUGACACUGAUGUUGGAGAUGAAAGGCAGACUGUAAUAAAAAGUACUGAUUGUCAAAGUUCUUCUUGUGUAGAUCAGUUAGCACCUACAAGUGCUUCUGUAACUCAAGGCCUGACCCUCUUUUGCCAGGACAAUAAUGUUGAAGAGAGCAAUAGUAAAUUAUUCGUGAAAUCUUCAGACCUGUGUGUAGGUGAGGCUGUGGAUAACAGUUUAUCUCAGUUGCAGUCCCCUGUAAAUGCAUCAGCCCCAGGUGUGUUUAACAUGUUCCACAUUGACAGUGAUACUGACAGUGAAGAAGAACCAAUUUUGGAAGGAGAUGAUACAUUGCCAAUACAAGAAGAGGGUGAUUCUAGGAGAACCAGUUUGAUUGGAGUGCCUUAUAGCCCUAAUACAAAUGAUGACAGUGAUACAGAUGUUGAAGUAGAAAAUGUACCACAAUGUCGUAAGUCUUACGUGAAUCCUCAAGAACUGCAUGGGAAUAAUAAUGAUGAUGCCCGGGAUGUUGAACAAGAAACACAGUGCUAUAUUUACACAACUGUAAAUGAAGAUAAUAUUUUCAAAGAGCCGUUACCAUCUGACUUGAAACGAAGAUCACAGAUAUCAUGUUCUUCUAGCUCACCUUGUAACUUCCCUACGUUGCCUCCACAAGGAAAGAAUGAAUAUGAUUUAAUCACUGCACCAACACAGAGUUUUAAUUCGGUGGAUAUCAACCAUGAUGAUAUUGCAUUGGCAGCCACCCAGCCAUAUGAUUUUGAGCUGAAUCUAUCAAGAGAUGCGAGUAUGGAUGAAACACCAACACAGGCUUAUGACUUUAAUCAUAGAAUAUCCAACACAACAAAGGAAAAUUGUGUUCCUGCCAAUUCGGAAUGCCAGUCAGAAAACAGAAGUGCAUUUAAACUGACAAUGUUUAACAAUACUGACAUACAGCCUGAUAAUGUUUUCAUAAAAUCUGGAGAGAAUAGUAGCACUGGAAUUACCAAUAUUGUUGAACCCUUGAAUGCAGUGCACAAAGAAGAUGAAAAUUGCCCUAGCUUGGACUCAGAAACACCUUUAUUCCUUCCAGAGACACAAGGAAAUAAACAAAAAAAUGUACCAGUUACUGGCAAAGGUGAUAUUCAAGAAACUCUUUCUUCUAAUUCUGAGUCUGAAAUAAAAGCAAAUGAACUUCAUUAUGCUGUUGCAGAAUCUGAUGAAUAUUUUACUCAGAAUACAGUUCCUGUAAGUGUUUGGGAAAGAAACAAAACCUCAGAAAGCCAUGUUAACAAAUUCAUUGAGGAGGCGAAAAUCGAUAAUACUCCUGAUAUUGAACAUGAUAAUGUAGAGCAAAGAGGUUAUUGCACUAUGCAGGCUUCUGCUGCUGAUAUACUACAUACUAAGAAUGAAACUUGCACUGAGGAAGAAAAGAAAGAUAGUGAUACUAUAUCUGUAGACUUUGUGGAUGGGCAAUUACAGACUUCAAACACAGAAAAUAAGAGCAACAAAAUAAGGGCUGAUAAUUCUGAAACAUUGAUAGGAGAAAAAAAGAAUAAUAAUCAUGAAGUUUAUAAAGAAGACAUUUCUUCUGUUGAUAAUGUAAAUAGCAAUGAAACACUGAAAGACAUGGAUGACCAAGUGACAGAAAAAGCUGGGAAAAAGCAACACCUGGACACUGUUCUAUCAACGUGGAAUAUAACGCAUGAUGUGAAUCUUGUCGAAUCAAAAUGUUUUGAAAAAAAUGAUAUUAAUGUAACUUAUAAGCAAUUAUCAGUCAACGGCAGUAAAAGUGAUUCAGGUACUUCAUUAGCAGAAAAGGAAAUAAUAUGCAGUAGUCAUAAUACUGAAAUUCAGUUGACAGUCAAAAACUCAAAGGGUACUGUUACUGAUUUACCUAGAGAGGUUCAGAGUCCGAAAUUGGUGAAGAACAUAAAUGCAGAGAAGAAAUGUUUAACUGAAAAUUCCCUUAACCCUAUUAGUAAUACUGCAAUAGGCUUGUGUCUAGAAGCCAAAAAAGAUCUGGAUCAUGAAUUACAACCUCUUAAUACAGAAACAAACCCAUGUGAUGCUCAAGAUAAUAAAGAGAUAAAAACUGCUCCAAUCUUUCUGGAGACAACAGAGCAGAGCAUUAGCUUAAGGAAAAGUAACAGGUUGGCUUUAGCUUCACAAGGUCGAGAAGCUUCAGAAACGCUAAAUAAACCAAAAUCCAACAGAAAAAGAACUACAUCAGUUUCUAAAAAUGAUGAUGGGAAGAAUGGAAACAAUAAUAUUGCACUGGAUGAUGUUAGAGCUCAGAAAAAAAAACGAACUAUAAAUAAGCAUGUAAGCCCACAAACCGCUGAGGCAGUCUUGGAGGAUUUAAAGGUACAAUUACCAUCAACAAAAAAUAAAGGCACUGUAAAAGAAGAAAAGGUUGGAAAAAAAACACUUAUGCCAAAGUCAAGUUCCAUACUAAUGGCAAUGAGUGAGGAGUCUGAUAAUGCAAAGAUAAAUCAUGAAAGUCAAGACAAAAUCAUAAUCAUAGAAUCAGAAAUAAACCAGCAGAAAACAACACCUGAGACUAAGGAACGUGGGCGAAGGCAGUGCCAGUCAAACUCCAACCUCCCAGCUGAUCCUAAAGAAAAUGUAAAGAUCAGUGAAACAGAGGCACCAAAACGAAGAAACAGGAGGCAAGGGAAAUCUGUAAUAGUUCAGUCCUUGGGAGAUGAACAUGUUGGAGAAGUAUCAGGUAGGAAAAAGGAACAUGUUGCAUUUGACAAUGACAAUUUGGAGUCAAUAAAUAAAAUUCCUUAUACAAAAAAAUCAAAAGAAGCAAAGAGAAAGGGAAAGAGACAGGAAACAUCUGUAACUGUGGAAUCUGUUUUUCAUGACCUAGCUGAUGAGGAACUUCCAGAGAAAAGGAGUAGGAAAGAAGUACCUGUUGUGUCCUGCAGUAGACGAUCAAAGAGGAAUGAAAUGGAAGUUUGUAAUGUUGAAAAAAAAGAAGAGAAAGCAAAUAGUAGGAAAUUGCAAACAUCAGUUGAAGAAACUGACAAGAAGCAAGAUGAAUAUUUAGAAGAUGUUACAGAAAAUAUGAAAAAUCCUUCAGAAAUGCAAGAAGUGCCCCAGUACCAAGUACGGCAUACUCGGAGGAAGACCAGCUUAAGUUCUUCAGUGGUGGAAGAUGACUUGCUACAAAUGACAGAGUCAAAUUUAAGAGUAUGUAUAAGAGGGAAAAGAAGUAUAAAGAAGGUGAAAUCUAAAGAUGAGCAGCAAAGAGUGGAUGAGCAAGGUAGAAGAUCUGAGAUUAUUGAAGAUGGAGAGAAAGUCGAGGAGAUGAUUAAACAAAUCUCCAGCACUACUACUCCUAAACAAAAAGGUUGUUUGCAGGGAACCAACAGGAGAACAAAGAAGGAGGCGACUCCUCAGAGACUAACCGGUCCAGCCACUUUGUGCUUCAGGAACGAAGAUCUGAAUCUGACUCCUCGGUCAUUAAUUAGUCGUACUCGAUGUAGCAGUAGCCCACGUGCAUCUGGGACUGUAAAGAUAAUGUUCACUGGAGUUGAAGAUGAUUUAGCAGAAAAGACGAUUCACCAGUUAGGUGGAGAGAUGGCUGAAUCAGUUCAGAACUGCACUCACCUGAUUACUGAUCGUGUGCGACGCACUGUCAAGUUUUUGUGUGCUCUGGCUAGAGGAAUACCUAUUGUUACACCAGACUGGCUAGAUAAGUGUGGCAAGAAUGGCUGUUUCUUAUCUCCAAAUCCAUUUCUUGUGAAAGACAGAGAACAGGAGAAGAAUUUCAGCUUCUCUCUUGCAGACUCCCUUGCCAUUGCAAGAAAAAAAUCAUUAUUGGAGGGCUUUGAAAUCCAUGUCACUCCAAAUGUUAAACCUGAUCCACCACAGAUGAAAGAAAUCAUUGAAUGCAGUGGAGCUGUUUAUCUGCCAAAGAUGCCUGGGAAGUUUAAAGAGAAGACCAUUGUGGUGUCUUGUGUAGAGGAUAUAUCCAAAUGCAAAACAGCUUUUGGGGCAUCCAUCCCUGUGGUGAAUUCAGAAUUUCUCCUAACAGGGAUUCUACAGCAGAGCAUUGAGCUGGAACGUUACUGCAUACAGAUGCCUGGCAUUGAAAGGCAAAGACCUGCUGAUGGACAAAUUACCUCUGGAUCCAAGAGGAAAAGGAGAUGAACAGUUUGAGAUUAAUCAUUCUUUAAAUAUAUUUACAAAUGUCUGUAUUCUUAGUAUGUAAAUUUGGCAGUUAUUAAAUAGUGCCUUUAUGUAAACUUGCUAAGAACAAUAAAAUUAAUAUCUUUUACUAUAUAUUCUGCAUUUACAGGAGUGAAGCUUAUUGAUGUGUAAAAAGAACAAAUUUACUAGUAGCAAGACUUCUGUCAUCAGUAGUGCUUUAAAAUUUUUUAAAGAGUAAAUAAAUCAAGAAUAUAAAAAACAAAUGUUUUCUUUUGUUUACUUGCACAUGCAUUGUUUAUAUGUGAGCUCUUCAUAAUGUUACUCAUCUGAUACAUGCCUCAGUUUCUUAUGCUGUAGACACAAUUUGUCUUGACAAUACACAGCCAGUCAAUGCACAUGUAUACAGUGUUCCAAAUGUUUUCUUUCUUUUAUCUGUGGUAAAGUUGUUUGAUUUGAAAAACAGAGUCUCUUAAAUAAAUACAUUUAAUGGGCAAAUCUUAAUCUUAAAUGGACAGGUAUAUAAGAAAGGGGUUAUUUGUUACAAUGUUCAGUAAUGCUGAAAAUAAUAACUGUACUUUUACGUUUCAAUUCUUUGCAGAACUGUACUGGAUAAUGUAGUGACAUAGAAGUUAAAAGGUUGUAAGUGAUGGUGGUUUAUUAAAUGGCUUUCUGAAGGAUAUUUUGUCAAACAUAAAGUGUAGCUGUGUAAUACAGCUUUAAAACCCCAUUGGUGGAUAACUUUAUUGGAUUGGAGUUUGUCUUUGCUAAACCUUUAACUUUUCUUGGCAUUAUUUCUGUUUAUUGUUAAGGGUUUAUGUUUAUUAACUGAACAGUGACCAAGGGUCGAUAGAAGUCUCCCCAUAAAACUACAUUAGUGAAAGAGGAGACAGAUCAGUCUUGUCAUCGGCCAGAAAGGCAGCUGCUUAUGUCUGUGAGUGUGUGUAUGUACAAACUGGAAAUUGAAGUUGGUAGAAUAAAGCAAGAUCCAUGAUUUUCAGUAGUGGCCACAACAUAAUAGCAAAAGAAACAGGGAGCUAGUUUCAGUUGAAAUUUGUUUUUGGCUGAUUUAUUAGGCUGUUAUCAACUCGUUUUUUUAGUUUGUAAAUGGCCAUCUUCAAAAUGUGAGAGGCUAGUGUGUCUGUCCAAAUAUCAAACUUUGAGUAGUAGUGAUUUUGCAGUGGUGUACAUUUUACUGUUUAGAUCAUCUUGAUCAUUGGUGCUGUGUCUCACAAAUCUUUGUGUUGAUUAUUGUAUGCAUAUUUAUUGGUGGUUUGACAUAGCAGAGGGUUUAUAUUAUAAAGAACUAAGGAGAUCCUUAACACUUUACUGUUGUAGACUAAUGGUGUUUGAGUUGCACAAUUAUGUAAACGUUUGUGGUACAUCUGCUGAACAUGUUGGAUUGAGGUUAUGACUGGGAAUGUUCUAUGUCAAAUGAAGUUAGCAUAUAUAUACAAUCCAGACAGUUAGAAAGAAAGAACCAAUCAGGUUUCAAAGUAUUGUGGGAUGUUCCACUAGUUGAAAGAGACAGAAACGUGUAAUCAUCUCCACACAGAGUAAUAACAUUAAUUUGUGUUUAUUUUAAUUAAUUUAAUUUAAUUAAUUUUAAUUGUACUGAUGUUCCCUGAGAUACUGUGCUUGUGAUGACAGAAAAUUACAUUCCUUUAUACACCCAUUUUCAUUCACUGAGGUCUAUCUAUAAAUACAUAUAUACCUGUGUAGAUCUAUCUUCCAAUAAAUCAU